UCACACAAAAGACCACAUGUUCUCGAGCAACCCUAUAAUGCGGCGAGCGAGCUGGUGCUCUCCAUCUCCGUCGUUCAAGCGUCACUCUCCGCUCUUCCGACCUCCGCCGUCGCCGGCCUUUCCACAGCCCUCCACAGUCUUCCCUGGACUCGGACUCGUGUCCUGUCAGUCGAUGCUCUGGCCGACGAUCUCGUCGCCACCGACGUCCGCAAACCGAGCCAGCCGCUGUUUGCGUCGGUCGGGGCAAGCUGUGAGCCUGCACACCUUUCCGAUAUGACCAGCAUUUUGGUAGCUGUACUGGCACAGUCGCCCGAGUCCAGGGGAUGCCUGGAGGCCGGUUGGCCGGGGCGUGAGCAGGCGCGAGAAGACAGAUGCUCCGUUGCCGAGGCGAGUCCGGUCGGGCUCGAGCACACUUGGUCGGCCUUGCCGGUGGACGUGGAGGAGACGCUACAGGUGAGCCAGCAUUUGGAAGCCCGACUGGGAAAUGACGCUCAAGAAAUUCUUGCGUUGACUUGA